AUGGCCAAGGUGACUGAGACACACAAGAUGAUUACUCAGCUCAAGGGCAACGUCUACGCUGCGAAAUGUUUGGAGGAGCUGACGGCUUAUGAGCAGAAGUUCCAGAAUGUGUGGGACCAGGUCAGCGACCUGAUGAAGAAACAGGUUGAGGACGAGCAGCUCUACCUCCCUUUGGGCCGCGAGUUCCUUGUGCUGAAGCAGGAGUCCGAUCGAACCAUCAAGACGGCCGCCUCGCUGAUCAAAGCUGCCAACUUAGCCUUGGGCCCGACCAAGGAACCCAAAGCCAAGGCUAGCAGAAAGAGGAAAGACAAGCAGUAG